AUGGCCGGCGAAAGAGUGGGGAAUGAACAGCGUGCCGUGUGUUUUCGUAAAUCCUCGCCGAUACGGUUUAGCACCGUAUCGGGCUGACAAGAGUUGGCGGAAGGCGUCGGAGGUGGCGGAAAAUUUGCAUUUGGAAAUCGUAAUUGGAACACUACGAAUGGACGAAUGUUUUUCUCCGCCGGUUGAAAUGAAAUUAUUGGCAGCUAAUUGAUUGAAAUUUUAUAUAGAUUAAAUGGAUGAAGAUUGUCAACACAGUGUGUCAUACGACAACGUAUUUCCAACCGUAAGUUUCUUCUUGACGUGACGCCGCGUUGCGCGGUCAUCAGUUUAAGAUCAAUCUUCGUAAUCUUAUUAUCCUGAUCCUAUUAGAUUUCUAAUAAUGCUAACAGCUUAUGUGGUAGCGAUACCACGUUCUUUCAUUCGAAGAGGAAAGAUACAGAAAGGUGUCGACGUGUGGCGCCUCUUUAUACACUUGACGUGCACGCUACUAAAUCAAAGUUGCAAUUGUAAUAGAUGCCAAUGGAAACCAACAAUGAGUCGCGGCUUUCGAUGUGACACGAAGAUACAAAUUACGUUAAUAAUUACACCCGAACGGAUUGGAACUUCGUUAAAUCCAAGAUCACUGAUGCACGGCAACUUUGUUAUCGAAAUGAAAAGAAGAAAGAAAGAAAGAAA